CUUUUGUCGAUCGUCGCACACCCUGCCCGGCCAAUCUGUUGAACAUCUGCACAAGGAAUUAUAACAUCGUCGCUUGUGCCUAUGAUAACUGGACCGUUAGUCGAUUGGCUCGGCUUCUCAUACUCGGCGCCACUCCAUCUGGACUGCUUGUACAAUCCAUUCCAUUGGGGGUUUAUACACUGUCCGAUUCCUUUGUUGGCAUUCCUAGGGGAACGUUUGUCCCCUGUGUAUACAUAAUGUAAUUGAAAUGCACCAGCAUAGGACGUCAUAUGUUGGUUCGUAGGUCAGGCGUGGACGAUGGCGUUUUCGACAAGAACUGUGUAGGAACAACUGAUCGCACCAUCAGUGAAUGGGGUACUGCUGGAGGAGGGACUCGGAGCGUUGGCGACGUCGAAAGAUUAAUUUUCGAAAUUAUGUAUAGAUCACCUCCGCCGUUGGGUUGCUGAACCUGUGGGCUCGUCCCUUCGGCGGUUAUCGGGGUGAUGUCCUUGGCCCUGGGAUUUUACAUGGAGCAUUUGUUUUUUUCCCAUGUUCUUUCUUUACCAGCUGAAACUU